GCUUGACAACCGUGGUGUCGAUAUUUUGCUUACACCGGUGUUUCUUAGCCCUAGGGGAUGCAUUGUGCGCAAGGGAAGAAUUUGCGGGCUCUAAUAUCUCACUGCGCGUGGGAAAAAAUAAGAAUUUGCGGGCUCUAAUAUCUCAUUGCGUGUGGGAAAAAGUGGUGCAGACCAGAGCAGUGUAGGCUACGUAGAACACACGAUCGUUGCAGCGCCAUCGUGUUGAAACACAGCAGUCUAAAGUCGCUUUGUGCAUCGGUAAUCCGCUCAAAUGUCACGAUGCAGCAGGAGUUGACCGAUCGGGCCUAAUCCAUGCAAAUUAUUUGAAGGUAUCGAGCAGAGGGACCAGUAGGAUAAAGAUGGUGAAGCGGAAUGUUACGCGAUCUACCAGUUCCUAGUCAUGAACAGGCAGUGCUGUGAGUGGUGUCUCCUAGGACACGGAAGAACCAUGUUCUAAAGGUAAACAGACCACAGCAGAGUGAUGAGCUACAAGCAGCAGGGGGAGGGGCUAGGUGAUGCUAUCUUGGAGGAGCAUAAGGCUUCACCUGCUUCCAGAAACCGGCAGCCCAAUAGCACAGGGGGAGAAGGAGAAGGGGUCCCUGUCCGGAGAAGUUGGAGACCCUGCCAAAUGCUCGGUCAGGAUGGGCAGGAACAUCACCACCACCAUCAUCCUCCUAUUCCGCACCAAGGCUCGGGCCCUGCACGGCACCGUAGACGAACUCCCUCAGGGCAGGGCCCAUCCAGACAGUGGGAGGGAGCAGACAUGGAGCCUCCUCGCCACACCCAGCCGCCUCGCCCUGGCGUGGCCCGCUACCGCCGCCAGGGAGAGCCCAGGGUCAGAGUUCACAGACAGAGACUGCCGACGAGAGAUGGCCAAGACACCCACGCCCUGCCAUUUCAACAGCAACGGUCAUCUGGCGCUCCCCUGACUGAACAGAGGGACAUGACUGGUCCCGCAACAAUGAAGCAGCAGCACCCCCCACACUCCUGUCCACCCCACCACACACAGAACAGUAGAGCACCUGACCUUACUGCUGGUACCUCUCCUACCCCCACACACCACACACCAUGUCCUACUGCCCCUGAUCCCCCUUCCCAAGACCUGCAUCAAACCCUUCCCAACAUAGAGUCUCCCCAACCUCAGGAGGAAGAGGAGGAAGGGUACAGCUCAUCCAUAACGCAGUCUGUUAGUACUCAAAGUGGAUUUGACAACCAGACAGACCUAGAGAACCAGAGGGAGGGGGGCCAUGGAGAGGGGCUAAAAGAGACCGGUCUGGGAGAAGAAGACAGGAGCAAGAGGGAUCUGGUAGAGGAUGAUCAGGAAGAUGGAACUAAUGAGUACUGUUCUGACACUGAGAGUGCUGCCUCGCUAAGCAUGGAGGCUCCGCCCCUGAGUUCACCUCCUCACCAAUCACCAUUCUUGCCCCCUCCACUUCAGUCUGAGAACUCGGACCAAUGUAGUGACGAGUUUAGCCCAAGUCCCACCUAUGAAAAUGACAUAAUGCCUGAUGAUGAGAGCUACACUGAUUCUCCACUGUCCCACCCCAAAUCCUUCACCUUCAGAGACUCGUAUCCUAAGACCUAUGCAGAAUUCUAUAAUGAGUCCUACCCACAGUCAGAAUCUAUCACAGAAUCCAACACAGAGCCCUAUGCAAAAUCCUACCCUCAGUCUUUCCCUGCACCCUUGAAAUUGAUUAAUUAUCCAGACAGGAGAUCUGAGGCUGACCCUGAUGAGCCAUAUUCAGAACCUCACCCAGGGCCCUGCAGUCGUAGACAGAGGGAGCAUGUUUAUAAGGGAGCUACAGACACUGAACCCCAACCCCGUGACUCCUGGCCAGGUAGGGAUGUGGGGUUACCACAGACCAGCCCCCAUUGGCAGGGACGCUCAGUCGGCUCAAGGCUACACCACUACAAUGACACAACGUCUGAUGGGGAGGACGACAGCCUCAAAGAAAGCCCCAGAUCCCAAAGCCUGGGGCCACCUCCCUGGAACGUGCAAGGUGAAGCCCAGUCAGAGCAUCCCAGCUCUGGGCAGCCUGGUUCAGGUGAGUUCCAGGAUGAGCAGGCUGGGAUGGAGCUCCGACCUCCAGCGGAAGGCCUUUCAGAGGACAGUGUCACAGGCUCAGGGGAUGCUAUCUCUCUGGCCAUCAGGGACAUCCGAGAGGCCAUAGAGGAGGUGAAGACAAAGACGGUGCGCUCGCCCUACACUCCUGACCAGCCCAUAGAGCCUGUGUGGGUGAUGAGACCGGAGGUCAGUCCUAAUGAGGAUGAAUCCUCCCCAGAGCAGACACCGGGUGGCGAACCUGUCUCUCAGUCUCCUUCACACUAUAACCCAGUCCCAGCCCGAGUUCCUUCCCCUGUCCAUGUUCCAGUACCAGCUCCAGCCCCACCCCGAGUUCCAUCCCGAGUCCCAGCCCGAGUUCCUUCCCCUGUCCAUGUUCCAGUACCAGCCCCAUCCCGAGUUCCAUCCCGAGUUCCGGUGCCAGUCCCAGAGCAUGUCUGUCCUGUGAGGGUAGAGUCCUCCAGAACACACCAGGUUCAGCAGAGGGAGCAUAGAGAACAGAGGGAGCCGCCUAGGCCACCAUCCAUUGAGGAGAUCCAGAGGCAUAUGCCGUCCUUCCCUACAUACGUGGAAGUCCCAGGGCCAUGUGACCCAGAGGACCUGAUUGAUGGCAUCAUUUUUGCGGCCAGCUACCUGGGCUCCACCCACCUGCUGUCAGAGAGGACUCCCACUAAGAGUGCCCGCAUGCAGCAGGCCCAGGAGGCUAUGAGCCGUGUCAGGACUGGGGGUGAGAUUCCUUCUUCCACUGAAGUGGAUCUCUUCAUGUCUACACAGAGGAUCAAAGUGCUGAAUGCAGACACUCAGGCGUCCAUGAUGGACCUGCCACUGAGGACCAUCUCCUACAUCGCUGACAUAGGCAACAUGGUGGUGCUGAUGGCCAGGGGGAAGAUGGUACGCUCCAGGAGCGCUCAGGAACAUCUGAACCAUACAACUGACCACACCAACAGCCCUGCCCGCGACGACCUCCCCCAGUACAGGAUGGUCUGCCACGUGUUUGAGUCGGAGGAUGCCCAGCUCAUAGCCCAGUCUAUUGGCCAGGCCUUCAGUGUGGCGUACCAGGAGUUCCUGCGGGCCAAUGGCAUCGACCCAGAGGACCUGAGUCAGAGGGAGUACAGCGACCUGCUCAACACUCAGGACAUGUACAACGAUGACCUCAUCCACUUCUCCAAGUCAGAGAACUGCAGAGAUGUUUACAUAGAGAAGCAGAAGGGAGAGAUUCUGGGCGUGGUCAUAGUGGAGUCAGGCUGGGGCUCUAUUCUGCCCACCGUCAUCAUUGCUAGCAUGAUGCAUUUUGGGCCUGCGGAGAAGUCUGGUCGACUCAACAUUGGUGACCAGAUCAUGACCAUCAAUGGAACCAGUCUGGUUGGACUGCCCCUCUCCACUUGCCAGAGUAUCAUCAAGGGUCUGAAGGCCCAGUCCAAGAUUAAGUUGAACAUCGUCAGGUGUCCCCCCGUCACUAUGGUGCUGAUCCGCAGACCAGACCUCCGAUAUCAGCUGGGCUUCAGCGUACAGAAUGGCAUUAUCUGCAGCCUGAUGAGGGGGGGCAUUGCUGAGAGAGGAGGGGUCCGUGUCGGUCAUCGCAUCAUUGAUAUCAACGGUCAGAGUGUGGUGGCUACACCUCAUGAGAAGAUUGUUCAAGUCCUGUCUAAUGCAGUGGGAGAGAUCCACAUGAAGACGAUGCCUGCAGCCAUGUACCGUCUAUUGACUGCCCAGGAACAGCCGGUCUACAUCUGAGACUUGCUCUCUCUCCCUGGACAAAACUCUCCAUUCCAGUUCACAUCAAGGGGAUUUUUCUUCGCUUUUUAUUUAAUUACAUUCAUCAGCCACGUAUUUGAUUUUCACAUCACUGUUUGCUUAAAGUCAAAGUAUUUUCAUGCCACUCCGCACUGAUUUGCCUUAAUCUGAACCUGUUAAACAGGUGCAUCCCUGAAGUAAAACGGCACAGAGUAGUUUACCAGGCAGAUUAAUGAAUUUAAAUAUGCGUAUUGAGGAGAAACUAUUUUGGUCUUUCAGGAUCCUAUGAAUGUACUGUAAACUGUCUCCAUGGGGGCGUGGUAACCCAAAUGUGAGCUUUUCAUUGGACCAAAACCACUUCUACAGCCUUGCAUGUAACUGCGAUGUUGCAGCUGUGCUAUAAUUUGCACCUGGUUGAAUUAACUCCCAGAAACCAUCCUGCCUGAGGCUGCAUUAGAAACAAAACAUAGUCACCACGACACAAAUGAAAGUUUAAAAUAGAUUUAUUUGAGAAAGUUAACGACUCACUAGUCGAUUUCAGCCGCAUGAGGAGGACCAUGAAUCAAAUAGUAGAUGCAUAUACAGAUGGUUGAUACACCCUGGUAAAACAAGAAUGGCGCAUCUGUACUGUAUAUGCCAUAAAAAUGUGAUUGUCUCAGGUUGUAUGUAAACUGGCAUGUUUUGUCCAUCACCUCAGAGCCUAGUGCUGACUGCUUCUUUCAGUGGUCUGACACUGCUACACUAUAAAAGGCACUUUGUAUGCACUGAUCUCUAGUAUUAAAAUACACAAAAAUGACAGAGUACAGUAAAUCAAAGGGUAUGCAAUGAGAGAUUACCCACCACUCACUAACAGGCCAGCUGGAGACAGAGUACCCCCAUGUCUGUCCAGAUUUGUUACAUUGAAAUAAACAAGAUUUAAAACAUGUAAAAAGAUAAUAUAUAUACAUACACGGUUAUAAAAAGUGUAUUCGAACCCUAUUGGUUUGGAUAAAUAUGACUGUGGGGUUGGGAGGUUAAAAGGCAUAUAGGCCAUCCCACACAGUGAGGCAAACAGUCAAUGUCAGGACACACCUGAAUGGGAUAUAUCGUCCUGCCACUAGGUGGGGCCACAGGACAGGGUGUUCGAGUAACCACAGUGAGAACAAUAAGGUGGAUCUGUCUGUCCUUACAUCUCAGUGUCUUUGUACUUCUGGGGGUUGCUGUAGUAGCCUCGUCUGGUCUGGUUGGCCAGCUGUCUGCGGUACUCUUCCUCAUCGUCGUCAUAGUGACCCCUGCCUUCAGAGUAUGGUGGCCUGGAGGACGGGGUCUGGGGCUCUGGGUUGGAGCUGGAGCUGGACACACAGGAGAGCGGGAGAGACAUUUUUGUUCAUUCAGAUUGUUGGGCAUUGAGUCUGUAAAAAAAAAAAAAGUAUUGAACCCAACCUGA